CUCCAACCAGACUUCCUCACAACUUUCCCUGCUUGUGAGUCUAACUGUGCUAAAAAAAACAGCUGGUGGCAUAACAGUCACCGAGCUUUCAGACCUGUAGUGCGCAGCCGACGAUGCACCAGGUGGAGGUGAGGAGUUCUGAGGAUCGCAUGAUGGUGUCAAAAAAGUGCUGCCUUGGUUCACAUGUGUGGGAAUACUCAUCAGACAGACGUGUGAUGGAGCUUGAACAACAUUAAGCAUUGACAACAACUGUAUAUACUAUAAACAACUUAUCCCGGGGAGUGAGCGGAGGGCUCUUCCACAAUGAGGGAUCGCUUGGAAGAGCUGCAGCAGAGGGCUCAAGAGUUUUCUGGGUCAGCGAGUGAGAACACGAACCCUCUCUCAGCGGAGGGUGAUAAUGACGACUCUGUGGUGGUCGAGGUGAUAACGCAACAGGCCGUGGUGUUUGAGGAGGAGCCAAUCAUUGAGAACUUCUUGUCUGAGGCCCAACAAAUUCGAGAUGCAAUCACAGUGCUGGAGACAGAGAUCCUGAAGUUCACCCAGCAGCAAAGGACCCUGGUGGCAACCAUGCGUCGUUUCAGUGUGAUGAAGAAAGAAAGCAGCAUUACUCGAGACAUAAAGCUCCAGGCUGAAAGCCUCCACCGGCGUCUGGAUGCCCUUUCAAAACAAGUCCAAAGAAGCGAGGACCAGCAGGGACCAACUGCUGUUACAUCGAGAAUACAACGCUGCCAGCACGCAGCGCUGUACCGCAAAUUUCAGCAGGUAAUGCUGCAGUAUAACGAAGGUCUGCUGACAAAGCAGGAGCGCUGUAAGGACUUUAUCAUCCGGCAGCUGGAGGUAUCGGGGAGGGAUGUGGCGGAGGAGGAGGUAAAUGAGAUGGUUGCCACGGGAAAAUGGGAGGUUUUCAAUGAGAACCUGCUGAAUGACGCCAGAAUCACGCGGUCGCAACUGUCUGAGAUCGAACAGCGACAUAAGGAACUGUUGAGUCUGGAGAACAAUAUGAAGGAGCUGAGGGACCUGUUCAUGGACAUUUUCAUGCUGGUGGAGGAACAAGGGGCCUACAUCGAACACAUCCAGACCAACGUGGAGAGGACUCAGGACUUUGUGGCAGCAUCUCGUGAGAAAUUCAAGCUGGCGGCCAGAGCAUCAGCGAAGACAGAUUCAGCAGAGCAUGGAAAACAAUUAGGUGGAAGGACUAGAAUUGGUAUUUGAGGCGCGUGUUUCUUUCAACAGGAUGUGAAGCGACCGCUAUUGGAAGAGACAGUUCAGUGAGUACUACUCACCAACACUGCUGCUUAUUGGAGACCUUCACUGUCAACUGACAGAGGUCACAAACAAGGGGAGAUGACUGCCUCUCGCACUGCAAGAUCAGCAAAGACUGCUCUUUCACAAUCUUUUUUUUUUUUUUUUUUUUCCAAAGGAGGCUCUCAUCUUCUUUUUUCGUGCCACAGGAGCUCUCGUUAAUGACACAGUUAUAUUUAUACAGUAUAUGCACUUUACGUUUACUCAGUCUAUCAUUUCUCUCGUUUUCGGCACAAAUGAACGUGUAACGUCGAGUUGCCGCAUAGUCGUCUUUUGUGGUCCCCAUACUGAUGUUUUACAAUUUGUCAUUAUUCUCAUUUGCAUUUCAAAGUCUCAUCAGAAAAGAUCAUUUUUCCGAUGAAAAAAAAACAUAAUUAUUUAUUCAGUUUCACAGAGGUGGGAAUUCAAAUAAACUCUGAAUAACAAGCCUUGAUCAAAAAUAUUCCUGUCACGAUGACAAAACUGCAGAAACACACAGAAGUCAGUUGUUUAAAAGAAAAGAAAAGAAAUAAGAUGCAAGAUUUGAAGUCUUACAUUUCAGGACAUAUUUAACUCAUGAUGUUUUGUAUUGUGGAGAGGCUAUUCAGAAUUUCUAUUGGAGCUACUGGUUACAUAGCAGCCAUAAGCAUCACUGUUAUUGAUUUGAUUUUGUUACGAAAAAGGGCCACAGCUUGUUUGAGGGAGUUUCCUCUAAUUCAGACUGAAUAUGCUGUAUAAAUGUUGAACACGCUCACACCUUUUCACAGCUAAUCACCUCUUGCUUUACCUUUCGCUUAAUGUCGAGUUGAAGACACCCUCUCAUUUUCCCGGCUAAUUAAUAACGUAGAAUAAAUCAGGGUUUUAUUUGAGGAGAAACAGCCACUUCAUUCCGUUGAUCUCACUCGGCAUAGGGCCUAAAAAACCAGCCUCCCAUCGGCAGUGCCGGUGAUGUCCCGCUGACCCACGGUGUCUGGUGUCCGGGACACAAUAAAGGUGGAGUGGGUGUGCCAAAGCCAGACUGGAAAAUCGGGUUUGUCUGCUGCUGCGGGAUAUCUGCCAGACAGAAAGUGUGUGUUCUCGCAGUUUGUAAACAGAACCACUCCACCUCAAGCAGAUGGAAAGCGAGACCCACCUCUGUUGAGCAGUCUUCUUUUGAGACGCAUUACUCCGAGGUGCAGACACUAAUUAAAAGCAUACGCUCGCUUUACGCACACCGUAAAGUUGCAAAAGAAGAAAUGACAUAAUAAUUGUGAGUAAGGGUAAUCAUCUCAUCAGGAACUGAAAAUGCAGGUGAACGUGGUGCUUUUUCACUCGUCCCUGCGAUCUUAUAGAGGAGUCAAGAGUGAAGUGCGAGCGGUGCGGUGUUUGGUGACUUCUGCUUUCUGACUGGAAACCUCUGCUCAUUAUUCUGUGUCUUGCAUCAGUCUCACUCUGACUAGAAUAACAUUUUGAAAGACAUGACAUAAGUACAUCAAGUAUUUAAAUCCCAAAUAUUUAAAUCAGAGAACAAGACAUUACUGAUGCCACACAUGUGGCGUCCUCUUUGUCUCCCCUCAGACCCAGAGAGGGGAAAUAAGGCACUGCUGCAAAUUGCAGGGUUCCUGAACAGCAACAAUGCCAUCCAGUGUUCACUGAGAUAAUUGCCACUUAAAAAGCAGGUUAUCACUUAACGUAAAAAAACAACAACUAUUAAACCGCAUAACUAUCAAUAAGGCAAGUCACAUGCUUGAAAACAUAAAUCCUCAGCAUGAACGUUUUUUGGAGUUAAAAAUAGACAUUAAGAUUUCACCCUCAGUGACUUCAGUCAGCCUCAAAACAAACAGCCUGACUGAAGAAUAAAUCAAGAAAGAAAAGGAGAACUUUCUCUUGAUAUAGUGCAGCACAUGCAAUUUAUAUAUCCAUUACAUAAUGAUCAAGUUUUUCUUGCAUCUGCUCCAUAACAUCAGAAAAGAAACAAUAUUAAACGACAAAAUCUG